CGGUUUUCCGUUUAGUUGCGCCUGCGCCGGCCUCAUCGUGUGACGGCCACUCGCUUGCUGAUCGUGCUCCAUUGCUGCUCUCGAGCGCUGGAAUCGCUAUAUUUCGCUACACAAGCCGCGCCGUAACUUCAAAGACAAAGGGACACUCCAAAAAAGAGCAAGAGCCACUAUGAAGAGAAAGGACGCAGAGGAGAUGAGCGCUGUUACUAACGGGACAGCACACACGGCCAGUGUCAAUAAUGUGUCGGAGACGAUGGCGAUGUCUCAGUCCCGGGACCAGAUUCUACCCGAGAAGGGCGCUCAUGAGGCUGAGAACGGCAAGGCGGAAGAGGCCGCCGAUAUAAUCCAUCCCACUUCUUACGUGGACACCAUGCUGCAUAUCUUCAAGGGCAACAUCGGCAGCGGCCUGCUGGCCAUGGGUGACGCUUUCAAGAAUGGUGGAUUGGUGUUCGCUACCAUUAGCACAGUUAUUAUGGGCAUUAUCUGCGUCCACGCACAGCAUAUAUUAUUAAACUGUGCGGAGGACAUGCGAGGGCGCGUGAAGGACGGCAAGGCUAUAGGCUUCGCGCAAACGGUGCGCAUGGUAUUCGAGCAAGGAGGUCCGCGGUUGAAAGCGCGCGCGCGUCUCAUGGGCAUACUGGUGGACACAUUCCUCUGCGUCACGCAGCUCGGCUUUUGCUGCGUCUACAUCGUCUUCAUCGCCAACAACGUUAAAUUGAUCUGCGACCAUUACAACGUGCGCAUCGACCUUUCCAUCCAUAUGAUAUUCGUGGUCGUGCCCGUACUGCUGGCCUGCAUGGUGCGCAAUCUGAAGUUCCUCACGCCUUUCUCCACCAUCGCCAACCUGCUCAUGGCUGUUGGUGUAGGCGUCGUGGUCUACGAAGCCUGUCAGGACCUUCCGCCCGUCUCCAGCAGGGACUACGUGGGCACCUGGAAAACCCUGCCUUUGUACUUCGGCACUGCUGUCUACGCUUUCGAGGGGAUCGGUCUGGUACUACCGCUGAAAAAUGAAAUGCGCAAUCCGGAGCAGUUCCAGAAGCCGCUGGGCGUGCUGAACGUGAGCAUGGUGAUCGUGGGCAGCAUCUUCAUCGUGGUCGGAUUCCUGGGCUACCUGCAGUGGGGCAAAGCUGUGCAGGGCAGCCUCACGCUAAACCUCCCGCCCGGCUUGAUAUUGAGCAACGUGGUGCAGACGCUGAUCGCGUUGGCCAUAAUGUUCACGUACCCGCUGCAGUUCUACGUGCCGGUGCGCAUCACGUGGCCGGCGCUGCGGGCGCGGUGCGGGCCCCGCGCCGUCGUCGCCAAGGAGCUCGGGUACCGCGCGUUAUUGGUGCUGCUCACCUUCAUAUUGGCAGAGUCGAUACCACAGUUGGGUUUGUUCAUUUCCCUGGUGGGUGCAGUGAGCAGCACAGCUCUGGCACUAAUGUUCCCGCCCCUAAUCGAGCUGGUCAUGAUAUCGCAGAAGCCCAACGGUCCUCACUACUUCACCAUAUUCAAGGACGUCACGAUCAUACUCCUGGGCGUCUUCAUCUUCAUCACAGGAACUUAUGAGAGUGUAGCUUCAAUCAUAAGAGCGUUCCAACAGUAGAUGUGACGUCAUAUAGAUUGGGUGAUUUGCAAGGCUAAGGUUUACCCUUACCCUUUUUACGGAACAACAAACGCUGACGCCAUGUUAUUAUAACCCCUGAUAUUUAUUGGGGUUGGUAGACCAUCGAGCGUGCGGGAAAAUGUAUAAUCCUCUCCCCCAUAGCCACAUCUCUACGACGUCACAAUUUACUUUGGUUCGGUCUGGAGUGGUGAUACAGAAAAUAUAUCGAAAUGUAGCCAGCCUGAUCGUUAAUAGACUUUUACUGUCUGCUAUGAAGAUUUUGCAGAUGGCCUUUCUGUAGUCAAUAUCUUACAGUACAGCAGGCCUAUUUUGUAUACUCUGACAGCUUGAAAACUAUUUAUCAUUCUUUCCUUUGUCCGAGGUGGUCGAAGAUCCGAACCUACAUCGACCUGAUAAUAGAAUGAAACAUAUUUUAUCACGAAUUUAGUUUAUUAGAGAAUAUAUUAUAAAUGGGUUGCCUAAAAAAAUCCUAUAUUUAAUUAACUAGGAAAAAAAAAUUAAUUAAAUGUUGCAAUACCAAGAUAAUAAGAAAAUGUUGUCCUUAAAACAGUAUAAAAUGUGCAGCCCUUGGGUUGUCUAUUAUUUACUUGGGAGUACCCAUUUUUAAUAUA